UUUGCCUCAAUAUGGCCUUUUUUCUGUCAGCCUGCAGGUCAGCCAGUGUUGGCAGUCGCAUCGUUGGGGGAAGCAAUGCCACAGCAGGCCGCUGGCCCUGGCAGGUGAGUCUGCACUGGCUGGGGAACCACAACUGUGGCGGCACCCUCAUCAGCGACCAGUGGGUCAUCACAGCCGCACACUGCUUCUCCCGCUUCCCAAUACACAUAAUCUGGACUGUGUACCUGGGCCGAGAGACCCAAGAUGUAUCCGCGUCAGACAUCAACGCGCAUGAGGUGACGCGAGGGGUUAAACUCAUCAUCCGCCACCCUGACUUUGACCCCUCGACCUUCACCAAUGACAUUGCCCUUGUGAAGCUGAGGGAGCCAGUGGAGUUCACAGAUUAUAUCCAGCCGAUAUGUCUGGCCUCCAACGGCAGCGCAUUCCCACCCAGGACCACCUGUUGGACCACCGGCUGGGGCAACACCCGCCUAGGAGAGCCACUCCCCUUUCCAAGGACACUACAGGAAGUGAGGGUGAAGGUGGUUGGGAACAGGAAGUGCGAGUGCCUGUUGAAGGACUCCAUGGAUGUGAAGAUUACCCCCGGUAUGAUGUGUGCUGGAGGGGUGACAGGGAAAGGGGCAUGCCAUGGUGACUCUGGGGGUCCGCUUCAGUGUCGGCUGGGCUCAGUGUGGGUGCUGGCCGGCGUCACCAAUUUCGGUCUCCCAUGUGCCACGGGCCGAGCCCCUGAUGGUUACGCCCGAGUGUCUGCAUUCGAGCCAUGGAUCAGAGACAUUGUGAAGCGUGCAGACGUGGGCUUCAUCAAUUUCACCUCGAACAGACCAGACGAGCACCAUGCGUUCGGAUGCAACCAAGGCAAAGGUGAUGAUGUACAGGACACAUCCUGUACGUUUUUGAGCAAUGGUGGCUCCAUGGCUAAUUUCUGA